AUGCAACAUAUAGACGGCUUUCAAACGACCGAUUCAUUUCGGUUUGAUCGUAAUACAUCAUCAUCAUCAAUAUCAUUAUCUACAUCAUUCGGUUAUGGUUCACGUUUAAGUUUAUCUCAAACUGAUCAUUCAUCAUCAAAUCGUCGUAAUAUUAUAACAAAAUAUUUUAAAGAAAAAUUAUCUAAACA